UGUCGGCCGUGCAGUGCCCCUCGCCCUUCCCGUGCCGCAUCGCUGCCCCUGCCCUCAGCGCCCCGUGCCGGCCCUGGCAGCGCUCGGUGCUGGCGGGGCGGGGGCCGCGCUGUGCUGCUCCGCGACGGAAACCGCACGAGUGAAGGAAUCCCGUGAGCUCGCUGGGCUCUACGGCUGCUCCGUGAUUUCACAGCGCAAUAAUUGCACGGCACACACACGUUUGAACUUUUCCCCUCCGUCUCCCGGCCGAGGUGCAGCCAGUAUUUGCUUUCGGCGUUUGUUUAGCAGCUAAAUGACAGCGGGGCUGGUGGCUGUCGGUGUGAUCUGCUCACUAAUAGCUUCGGCCGGUUAAAGACAGAGGUGCUUCUCAGAGAACUGAGCGGAUAAAGCCAGUAUUGGUUAAUUUGCAGAGUACGUUUGUAAAGAUCUUGAAGCCUGUACCAGGUCCUUGAGAGAGAAAACUACAUGACACUACACCAUGAGUGACAGUAAAUGCGAUAGUCAGUUUUACAGUGUUCAAGUUGCAGAUUCAACAUUCACUGUACUAAAACGUUACCAGCAAUUGAAGCCCAUAGGAUCGGGGGCACAGGGCAUUGUUUGUGCUGCGUUCGAUACAGUCCUUGGAAUAAACGUUGCUGUAAAGAAGUUGAGUCGUCCUUUUCAGAAUCAAACCCACGCAAAGAGAGCUUACAGAGAGCUUGUUCUUUUAAAAUGUGUCAAUCACAAAAAUAUAAUUAGUUUAUUAAAUGUAUUUACACCACAGAAGUCACUGGAAGAAUUUCAGGAUGUAUAUUUGGUUAUGGAGCUGAUGGAUGCCAACUUGUGCCAAGUUAUUCAUAUGGAAUUGGAUCAUGAAAGAAUGUCUUAUCUCCUUUACCAGAUGCUAUGUGGUAUCAAACAUCUCCACUCAGCUGGUAUCAUCCACAGAGAUUUGAAACCCAGCAACAUAGUAGUAAAAUCAGAUUGUACACUCAAAAUCCUUGAUUUUGGACUGGCAAGAACGGCGUGUACUAAUUUUAUGAUGACUCCAUAUGUAGUAACACGAUAUUACAGAGCGCCAGAGGUUAUCCUUGGAAUGGGAUAUAAAGAGAAUGUUGAUAUCUGGUCAGUUGGUUGCAUCAUGGGAGAAUUGGUGAAAGGUUGUGUGAUAUUCCAAGGCACUGAUCAUAUUGAUCAAUGGAAUAAAGUAAUUGAACAACUAGGAACGCCCUCAGCAGAAUUUAUGAAGAAAUUACAGCCUACAGUGAGGAAUUAUGUAGAAAACAGGCCAAAAUAUCCAGGUAUUAAAUUUGAAGAGCUCUUCCCAGACUGGAUAUUUCCAUCAGAAUCUGACCGUGACAAGUUAAAAACCAGUCAAGCUAGAGAUUUAUUAUCAAAAAUGCUUGUAGUAGAUCCAGACAAGAGAAUUUCCGUUGAUGAGGCCUUACGUCACCCUUAUAUUACUGUCUGGUAUGAUCCAGCUGAAGCAGAAGCUCCUCCACCUCAAAUUUAUGAUGCACAGCUGGAAGAGAGAGAACAUGCAAUUGAAGAAUGGAAAGAAUUAAUAUACAAAGAAGUAAUGGAUUGGGAAGAAAGAAGCAAGAAUGGUGUGGUAAAAGAUCAGCCCUCAGAUGCAGCAGUGAAUAGCAACACCAGUCCUUCCCAGUCAUCAUCUAUCAAUGACAUUUCAUCCAUGUCAACAGAGCAAACAUUGGCUUCAGAUACAGACAGCAGCCUCGAUGCCUUGACAGGACCCCUUGAAGGAUGCCGAUGAUCAGCCAGGAUUGCAGACUUAUCUUUGGAAAAGAACUUUUGCUUCCAUUGGGCCUGAAUUGCUUGUAAGUUAAUGGAACAAAGUAGAAAAACUCCAUGUUCUGCAUGUUCUGCUAAAGUAAUGCCUGUUUUUAUGUUUACUCAGUUGUUAUGGAACUGCCUGCUUAAUGUUGUAGAAUGAAAGCAAAUCAAUGUCUAAGGAGCAAAAAAACAAAAAAAGUUUAGACACUAUUACAGGCUUUUCUUUGUUUCAGCCUAUUUCAGGUGAGCAGUUAUAAUAGACUUCUAGCCAAUAACUUCUCUUGAGUGAGUUCAUGCAUCUUCAGUCCUAACUGGCAGGCUUUUGUGACAUCAAUGGUUGUUUACAUUUUAGUACAGUAUUGCUCAUUUGUAAGUUUUUUGAAUGUACAAUGUCUAUGAAGUUUGUUUUGAUGUGUGACUAUGACAGUGUGCAUUAUUUAACAACCGGAGUGUUGUGUGUAAGUGUUAACUCGCAUGUUGAACACUCUCAGUCCUGUGUUUAAAGGGCAGUUACUUUUCCAUAUAGCACUUUUGUGAGCCCUUUCCAUCUUCACUUCCCAAUGGUUCUAUCUUCUUGUAGAAGAGGAGAACACAGUGUUCAAAGAGUAUAGCCAUACCCUCAUAUUUCAUCAAUGAAUAUCUGACGCUUUCCUAGUUAUUUGAACGUGGGUGGAAGAUACAGUGGCUUAGUUCAAUCUUGAAGGAUGGGUGACUUUUUGUGAAGCUGUGCCUGUUUAAAAGAGGGCAGAGCGCUAAAAUGUUUUGUAUUUUUUUAGCUCGUGAUACCGAUCCUUUAACUGAAACAGAAAAGGAAAUUACAUAUGUGAUGCUCUUCAUUCAGUGACAGGUGAAUUGGAGAGACUUGCAGUCUAAGUGGCCUGAAAAAGAGCUGCAUGAACGUUUUCCAUUUUUUUAAAUGGGUCCAUUCUAUUUAGUGAGUAAUUUAAAAAAAAGCAAAAAUAUAGUAGCUUUGAGUCAUUUGUCAAUUAAUUAUUUACUGAACAGAACUUAGCUGUAGUUCCAAAUUAAGAAAUCCUCUCUAUUUUUACUGGGAGAGGAAAACAUAAUAUAUUUAAUAUGUACGUUUUCUAAAUGCGGUGUCAGAGGAGAGGAGAUUGUUUCUGUUUCAACACACGCUUCUCAAUGCAGUUUUUAGGGCUGUGUAACACAAACACCAGCUGCGCAAUCUGUUACAUCCUUAGAGAAUAUUUGUGGUGGACUAGGGCUUAAAUCAGCAGGUACUGCACACCUGUGAAUGUGUGCGCAUCCCUUCAGAGCAGCACACAGCUGUGUGAAGUGCUGCUAAAGGAUCUCAUGCAUGGGAACGUUUGAGAUAAACCCAUAUGACUGUGACAGCAACAGAGUUGUGCAAAGCAAGGUAAAACACCACUUUCUUAAGGGCACUGUAUUCAGCUGAUGAUCCAGAUACUGCUGACUUGAAUAUAUGCAGAGAACUUACAGAAUGUGCUGGUGCAGCCAGCUGCAUUAUGGAGAUGUGGAAUACACUCCUGUAGAAGAGAACUGACCCUUGUUUCUGACCUUAAGAUUUGAAAGCAGCAGUUUUAUCUAAUGCAAGCAUUGCUUUCAUGUUACAAACUGUACCCAUAUGGUUUUAAAUAGCUUAAUUUGGUGUAGCAAAAUUACUGAGAUUUUGCUGUCCCAGAGAAGAAAAAUGCAAUGCAGUGCUAUUAUGUUGACUUCAGAAUGUUCAUCUGGAAUUAUGACUUCUUUUUCUAAAGAAAUCUGGAGUUGUAGGACAUUGAGGGCUUGGGUUUUUAGCUGUUUGGUCUAAAAUCUGUUUCUUUGGAUACUGACAGUAUAUAUGGACUACGUAUAGUGCAUUUUUGUCACUGACAAAAAAAAAAAAGAUCUGAAAUAGCUUUUAUUGUAUAGCCAUACAGUACAGGUUGCUGUUCUUUUGUAUUUUUUUAAUCACUGUUAUAUGUGUAAGUUAAAAUUAUUAAAGACACCUAUUCAAAAUUGCCAUUAGUGAUUUCAGGCUAGCUGUGGUUUUGUUCCCUUCCUCUUCAGCCCAUCAAAAGCUGUAACCACUAUGGAAUGAAACUAAAAACAAGCAAAAAAAACACAAUCCAAAACAACAGAGAAACUAACAGUUGAAUUUCAGAAGUUAGCUGUGCUUUAUUGAUUGUCUCUAGUGAUGUUUUCAGAAGUUACCAGUGACGUAAUGGUGUUAAGCCAGUACUUCUUUAUAAAGGGAUGGCUUUCCUGAUGAUACAAGUUUAGCACACAAAAAUAGCAUCCUCUGAACAAUCUCAGAUUGGUCAUCCGUAGAUUCUGCCUUCCUUUUUUAGAAGGCUGUCUGAAGUCUUUGAAGAGUGGUAGAAUGCAGCAUUGUAUACAUUUCAUGUUACGCUUGAUGAAAAAGCUUUUUUGUCUGUGUGAACAUGAGGGACAAAGAUCUCCAGCAGUUCAUUAAUCUCCUGCUGAAACAGCUGCAGAGCAAAUCUGUCCCAUUUACCUGCCUGGUAACUGACUACGGCUCUUCCUACUUUACACCAGAGCCCUCUGUAGAAGUCACUGCUGUGCAUUUUGGUAUUCCUGAUUCACUAUGGCAGUAAUCUUCUGGACUUUAUUAUUCAAGAUUCAUUUUUAGCAUUUCCAACUGAAGUUGCACUGUACUGCAUUCAUCAUUUUAACCUCUACUUUUUCAGAAGGUUUAAUGCAACGAAGAUUUUUCAUGUCGUUUAGGUACCCGAUGGCCUCCAGGUCUCUUCCAACCCAGAAUGCUCUGUCAUUCGAGUAGCUUUUUAAUGUUGUUUCUUGGUUUUGAACACAGAACUGCCUUAUCUGCAUGAUGUGAACUGAUAUCUGACCUUCUCAUGCUAUAUACUGUUAUCUUACACAUUGUUUUGAACAAAAUAAGGCCUGAGAUUGAGCUUCCUUGUGAAUAUUCCUAUAGGAAAAGCUGUCCCAUACCUUAUGUUCUUAAUGGCUUCUCGCUGCCGCAUACUUCAAAGCUUCUAAAUUCUACCAAAAUAUCAUUGCUUAUGGAGUAUGCAUGGGAUUACAAGUCUGUGAGUACUGUGGAUUUUGAUUUUGGUGUAAUUGAAAACAAGCAGCUCAGAACCCGAAUAAACAUCCAUUUCUCAGAGAAGGCAGAUAAGCAGAUUAUAUUCAGCAAAACACAUGCAGAAUAGAUGCAUGAUGUAGUUCCCAUGCUGUCCCUGUGUGCACAUAGAGACUGUACAUGCUCUGCAUGCAGGCUUUACAUGUGGUUGUGUUCCUGGCUGCAGGCUAAGUUUGGUCCCAUAUCAGUGUAAGGGUUGUGGAUGCUGUGAGAUCCCAUCGCUGGUGGAAAACCAAAUGCCCAUGUAACUUCACAGGGGUUUGAAAGUAUAGAGAGUUUGGUGUGCAAUAUAAUCACUUUUAUUCCUAAUACUAAAAUCAUGUAUGUAAAGUGAUGCGAUUGACCGUAUUUUUUUUUUGCACUUUGGCAUUUAUAAAUAUUUAUGUGUAUUUAAAGAUUAAGAAUGUGUGUAUGCAUAUGCGUAUAUAUAAUAGAAACCUGCUCAGUUUUGUAAACACGAAUGUUACCUUUCUGUAUGAGAGACUCUGUUUAGUGUUAACACUACUGCAGUGAACAAUAAGCAAUUUAUGACCUACAACUGAAAAGAAGUGGUGGUCAACAUAGAUGCAAUCUGUAAUCUUAACUGCUCACCUGAAGAGAAAUUAAGAGUAUCUAUGGCUCUAUGGCUGUUAAUCAGAUUCUUUACCAGAAACCUUGAUAGAUGUAUGAACACUGAGUAGCUGACUGGCAUUGCAGAAAUGGAGUAUAUUUUAAAGGUUUAUCUGUGCUCAUAUCAUUUUUCCUCAAUAAAACCCCAAACCAAACAAACCCCAAAACCCUUAGAAAGAGAACCCUGGCAUUUUGAAACCUGUAAGUGCGCUUUGAGGAAAUGGUAUGGUAUGACAAGUUGCAUUUGUUCUAAUUGAAAAUGCCAAAAACACAAGAAGCAAAUGUUAAAACGAGGGCUUUGUCUGCACAGAGCAUACACAACAAGCAAGUCCGACUGGAACCAGUGUUUGCAAACAGCUUUUGGGGCUUUGUGUCCUUUCCUGAAAGGGUUUGCAUUGUAAAAAGAAUGAAAAUGAAACCCAACCUAAACUUAUAAUUAACUGAUUUGUUGGUAAGUUUCAAAGCCUGUUCAGGACUAGAGGGCUUUUGUCUCUUUAAGUCCUGACAGAGUAUACAUAUAUGUUUAUUCAAAAUUAAGUGGGAGGGGGAAAAAAAAUAGUAAUACCAUAUGUUUUAUUUUUCUGUCCUAAAGGAAGGACCUCAAAUGCUAAAUUGCAGUGCUGGAUUGGUUUCUGUUUGGCUUAAAAUUACAGUUUGACAAAUGAAGUAAGAUUUGGACAUUCAGAAUCAAAGUGAGCUGCUGAGCCUCCCAGAAGGGAACGCUGCUUUGUGCAGCAGUGCAGUCCCCUCGGUCAGUGUGUGCUGGAAUUGAGCUGCUGAGGUGCAGACAAAUCUUUCCUGAGCACAGUGCUGGUUCUGAACAUGGGCUCAGUUUUGUGUGGAGCAUUUCAUUUGAGUUGUGACUCUUGAAAUGGGAGUACGGGAGCGCAGGGGUCACUGCUAAACAGCCUUUGUCUGUGUGUUCCAUGUACGUCACAUGGAUUCUAUCAGGGCUUGAUGCUAAACUUAGUGAUGCUGUAUGCUGGGAGCCAAAUUCUUUCCUGGGAUGCGCACAGUGUAUUUCCUGCUCAAAACUGGUUUUGCUCCGGGGAUAUGUGCACCCAGAUCCAGAAUUUGGACUGAAGUUCCUGUAGGUGAAUCCAGUCACUUUGCUUUGCCGCUGUGUCUUCAAUGUCUUUUUUUAACAUGUUCAAAGUAUGACAGAGAAAAAAGUAUAUUCUGGCUCAUAUAUCUUAGAUUGGCUAUUACAUGAGUAAUAGUGGUGUUCUUAUAGCUUAUCACACAGCUUACCAAAUCACUUUUAAUUUUGCUGCAUGCUGACAUGUCUGGAGCUAAACUGAUGGUUUACUUAAGCCAUCUUCUCUCAUAUUAGUGUUGGAGGAAAGUGAAGAGAUCAUCGUUUCUGUUUGCUUUAAAAAAUGGCUAUUUUUGUAGCUUGAAUUUCAGUUGUUGGUUUUCAACCCCACAGCUUUACUUUGUGGAUGGAAAUUUACCCAGGUCCGCUAUUUCAAAGAAUAUAUGUAGAGCGAGUCCAGUAUACAAUUAAGAUAAUAAAAUAGUCUUCUGCAGUUUGUUACUGAAAAUAUGGCAAAUUAUUUUGGUCCGAGUAUUCAAAAGAAAGUAGAGAAUAUACGUGAAGUUUAUACACCUUGAUGCUGCUGCUUAUUUUUUGAGAAGGUGCUUGCAGUUUUGCACAACAGAAAUCAGCUUUGUUAAUUGUUGGGUUUGAAGCACUUUAGGGUUCUUCUCAAUAAAACCAGUAUACGGCGUGAGAAGGAAUGACAUAUAAAAUAUCUGAUAUGUUUCAAUCUGGUUGCCAUUGUGAUAGAUUUGAUCAGCGCUUUCCUUUAAAUGUAAACCCGUUCUCAGAGAUGUAAUAUUUGAGAUUUUUUUUUUUUUAUGGGCUCAAAUUUAAGACGUAGGAAGAGAUCAUUUGAGAAACAUCUCCCUGCAUAAAUAAAUGCAUGUAGGGUGACUUCAACAGCAGCAUGACUACCCAGGCAUCUGUUGUAUAAAGUAUGGCAUAGUCUUUAUUUCUAGCUCUGUGUAACUGGCUAGCUAUGGGCACUAGGAUUUUUCCUUAAAGCAAAAAUCUUCUAUUACCAUUUGGCUCUUAAUCCAGAUGCAUAUACAGUGUGUGAGGCAACAACAUCUGCUUCCAUUGGGACUCCACCAUGAUAGAUGCUCUAUGGAUGCCAUAGCAGGAGAGUCCCCACAGCAGUGCUGUAGCAGCACGAUGCUCUGUGAUGUGCCUGCCCAUGUGUGUGCCCCUGUGUGCAUUCCUCAGGCUGUGUCUUUUCUUCGUAGUUUCUAGGAUAACAAAAGCAGAGCAGAAAGCAAUCAGGUAAGAGCCAUGUUUGUUUGUUAGCGAUAGCAAAGCUGGGUUAGUGCCUGUAACACACGCUAUGGAUUUAUCUGCUAAUGGGGAAUCACUGUUCUGAAGAGCCGUGUGUGUCUCUAGCUUUUUUUUCUAUCAAUUCAGAUGCUUAAAUUGGUGCUAAUUUUUUAAAGGAAAACGUGACAGAUUGUUAGCAAUGAAUUUGUCUGGUUUUGAUACCUAUAUUUUUCUUAAAUGUUGGCAAACCAAACUUUGUAAAAUGACUGAUGUGCAUUUUCACCUUCAUCGGGUUUCCAAAUUUUUCCUAAAGUCAAGUGUUUAAAAUUCCGUGGUAGUUAUUGCUUCUUUAGAGCGAUUGUUUCAAGUGUUUUAUACACCAAUUAAAUGGACGUGAUUAGAAGAGAUAGCAGCACAUAGCUAUAAUCCUGUGUGUUCGGUUCUGGGGCAUCGUGGGUCCCACAGCUGGUUCCAGUAGUGUUGUGUAUCCAAAUUCCUCCAGCAGGGCAGGUCAGAGAUCCUUGUGUGCAGGUACCCAGUACAGCGAAACCUUCUUGGGUCCUUAAGAUAACAUAGAUUAUAUGAUUUUUUUUUAAUGUUUUUUUUUUUUCAAUCUAUUUUAAAGAGAAAUGGAACAAAUGGAAAUAAUGAACUGUUUUUGUAGAAAUUCAAACCUUAAUUCCAGGGAAUGUAUUGCAGCAGAACACAUGCAAUGAAAGGGAAUGCUGGGCUCCUUGAGUGACCUGUUAGGAAACCUGACAUUACCAAUGAUUGAACCUCCCCCAGCAGCCCAGGCUUUUUGUUUUGUGAGAACUCACUUGGAACUGCCUUCAGGCUGUACCUCCCCUCCAAACACUCUGUCCAUCCCCUUUGGGCCCUCAUUGCAGCCCCUUUCCCAACCGUCACGGAGUAGCAUCAAGCCCUGUCACCUGUCACAGUGUUCUGAUUUUAUGGCCUUAAUAUUCCUUAUGAUACGCUGUGUAAUUUCACAAGAAAGAUGUACUUUGGAGUCUGACGAUAUAAACACGUGGCCUCUUUUAGCCUAUGGCAGGCUUUGAUUGUCGUAUCUCGUUCUCGACGCUUGUGCAAUAGGAACACGUUCCCUUUGGUGCAGUGACUAUUCUGUCUGAUGCUGGACUUUGUUUUCAGGAUGACGGGGGGUAUUUUUGUUGGAUGGACAGCAGUCAUGCUUCCUCGGUUGGUUUUUUCUUUCAGAUUCUUUUUUUAAGGCAACCAGAAUUCACGAGGAGAGCUGCCAAUAACUAGUUCUGAAGUGCUAGUUAAAGCCUUGUUCUGAAGCUUUUCUUCUCCAGAAAUCUUACCCUAAAACAGUACUAAAGCCACUGUAAAACGACAAAUAAAUAUGUAUACCGAAGCAA